UUUCUGGUAUAAAAGCAUUUGUGAGACACAAAGUCUGCAUUCAACAUUAUUUUCACUUUCACAUAGAAUAUAAUUUAUUUUAGUGACAUUAAUUCAUUGAAAUACGGUUAAUUAUUUAGUUUUUGUGUUUAUAAAGAUACUUUACAACAAAACUUUUAAAAAAAUAUAAUUAUGUGGUUUCUUUUAUCUCUGAUUAUUUUAGUGACAGCAUUAUUAAAGGAUGUAUAUACUUUCCCAGAACCUGCAAUUAUGGAUCCCUAUGGAAAUCCACUAAUGUUUAUGAGAGAGAAAAGAACUUCAAUCAGUGCCUAUCCUCAUAGAACAAUGAUGUUUACUGGCUAUUAUAGACCAAUUCGACGAUCUAACGGUGAUCAAGCAACUGCGGUUUUCGCUCAAGGAAAUUCUAUUAAAGCUGGAACUUAUCUGAAAGGUGAUUUUCAACCAAAUUAUUUAAAACCAGGUCCAGAACCUAUUAAUGAAACAGAACAAUCAAACACGAAUGGUGAACCUGUUUCUCAAUUAGAUGAAAAUUUAAGUUUAUUGAAUCAUCAAGAUCAAGAAACCCGAAAUCCAUUUCAAGAUGAACCGCAGUUAAAUACAGAAUCAUAUAGAGAAACAACAAUUUCUACUGAAGAAACAUCUCAUACGGAAGUUCCAUUGAAGAAAAAUGAUACAAAGAAAGGGAAGAAAAUUAUUCGACCAGUGAAAGAAGAAGAUGAAGAGGAAUAUGAAGAUGAUGAUGAUGAUGAUUUAGAAGAAACUAUUCCUUUUGUUCCAAUGAAAGGAAAACGUCGUUAUCCUUUUCUCAAUCGUCAUAUUUUUUUUCCAAUGAUGUUUGGAUAUCCAUUAGGAGCAACACGAUCUGAUUCUUCAGGAUCUUCCGGUUCUGUCACUGCCAUUGCCAACAGUUAUUCCACAGGCAAAGGAGGUGUUGCAAAUUCUGUUGCCACUGCCUAUGGAGGAUCGCCUCAGAAAAAAUCGAGGCAUCCACCAACAGCUGAAGAUUGAUAAAAGUGCACUACGCUUUUUAUAUAGAUUCAUUGACUCUUAAUAUUAUUGUAUUAAUCUAAAAAUAUAAUUAAUUUUUUAAAAAAGAAAAUUAUUCAAUAAUAAUUGAAUUAAAAUUGUUCUUAAUAUAUCGCUUUAUACUUUGUGACAUUUUUGCGAAUCUAAACUUGUUAUUUUAAAAUAAAUCAUCAAUUGUUUAUAAAAAUUUAUACAAACCAAAA